AUGCAGUUGCUGCGUGGAAAGAGCGCCAGCUGGGGGAUUACAGUCUCCUGUGGUGCGGGUUUCUUCCUUUUCGGUUAUGACCAAGGUGUCUUUGGUGGUAUUCUGACAAAUCAGAACUUUCUUGGUACCUUCAACAAUCCAGAUUCCACAAUACAAGGUCAAAUCACAUCCCCCUAUUACCUUGGAGCUAUGUUUGGCGCCCUUUUCUCGCGAGUUAUCGGCGACCGUAUCGGGCGUCGGCGAGCAAUCAUCUUAGGAUGUAUCUUCUUGACUAUCGGUGGGGCGUUGCAGGCGUCCGCAAGCACUUUGGCUCAUAUGAUCGUUGGUCGUAUUGUGGGUGGAUUUGGAACUGGUCUGAAUACCACUGCAAUUCCCAUGUGGCAGGUCGAAACUUCGAAGCAGCACCAUCGUGGUAGAUUAGUCAUUAUGGAACUGGUGCUUAAUAUUUUUGGCAUUGCAGUGACCAGUUGGAUGAACUAUGGUUUCACAUGGCUUCCCAACAACUCUGUCUCGUGGCGAUUUCCCUUGGCAUUCCAAUCGUUCUGGGCAAUUGUGACAUUGGCUCUUACACAGAUUAUGCCAGAAUCCCCUCGCUGGCUAGUGCUUCGAGGUCGUCUAGAUGAGGCCCAAAGCGUCCUGGCUCGUUUGGUUGAUAAAAGCCCUUCUGAUCCAGAGGUUGCAGAGGCCUUGCAAGUCCUGUUUGACACUGUCAAUCACGAAAAAGAAGCAGAAACUGCCUCAUUGCGAGAUUUGCUGAAGAACGAUCGGUCACAGACUUUGAGACGUAUCUGUCUGGGUGCGGGACUCGGCUUGAUGCAGCAAGCUUGUGGUGUCAACAUCAUUGCCAAUUACCUACCAGUAGUACUCACUCGAUCGAUCGGUUUCAGUGACCGGUUGUCCCUUGUGAUAUCAGCGGUCUACAAUCACGCUCUCAUGAUGUGGGCAUGCACUUGUAUGCUGGCAAUCGACUCUGUCGGUCGUCGACCUCUGUUGCUUAUAGGCGCUGCUGGUCAAGGUAUUGCCUUUAUCAUGAUCGCUGUUGGAAUCAAAAUUGGAACAUAUUCGACCUCAAUUCUGAGUGUCGUUUUCAUAUUUGUCUAUAACUUCUUCUUCGGCAUAAGCUAUCUCCAUAUCCCUUGGCUUUACCCAGCAGAGAUCAAUUCUCAGUCGAUGCGCAACGUUGGAACCUCAAUAUCUACAACAACAAACUGGCUAUUUGUGUAUAUUGUUGUUUUAGUGACGCCUAUUGGUAUGGAAAAUCUUGGCUGGAGCUUUUAUUUGAUGUUCGGCAUCUUCAAUCUUGCGUUCCUUCCAUUUAUCUGGUUGUUCUAUAUAGAAACGUCUCGGCUUUCGCUUGAACAGAUCGAUCGAGUGUUCGAGAUUCAAUUUGAAGGAGGCAAUAAUAUGACGUUCAAGGCUGCAAGACAACAGGUUCUACUCGAGACUGAGCUGGCUGGGGGCGGCGGCAGAGAUUUUGUUGUCAACACAAUGGAUAUGAAGGACUCGGUGACAGUUAGAGAGUCUAUAAAAUGA